GUCUGUUCCCAAAACACAAGUGUUACCUUAAGAGCUUGAGGACUGAAAGGGUGUUGUCUUUAGUUUCUCUGUGGUGACCAAUAGCAGAGUCUGCAGGGUUUGUUUAAAAACUUGCAUGUGUCUGAAUAGCUUCAGUUGGGUGUGGAUCAUCAUGGCUCAAGCCACAGGCAUUGUAACUCUGUUUGGUUUCUUACUCUGUUGUGCUGCUCCCAGCCAAACCAAUAAGGAACGAGAUGUUGACAUCUACAGCUUCCACAUAAACUCCACAGUAACCAGCCGCUAUGCCAUCACAGUCAUUACAAGCCGUGUGGCAAAUCGACUUAAUGAGUCCAAAGAAGUCCAUUUCCAGGUUAAGAUACCGAAGAAUGCUUUCAUUAGCAAAUUCAGAAUGACCAUAGAGGGGAAGACGUAUGAUGGAGUUGUGAAGGAGAAAGAAGUGGCUCAGCAGCAGUACAGUCAGGCAGUGUCUCGGGGAGAAAGUGCUGGGAUGGUCAGUUCGGUAGGAAGGACUCUGGAGGAGUUUAAAACCUCAGUGACGGUGGCCGCUUUCAGUAAAGUGACCUUUGAACUCACCUAUGAGGAGCUGCUACAGCGACAGCAUGGCAAAUAUCAGCUACUCAUCAAUGCCCAACCAAUGCAGCCUGUAGCAGACUUCAAGAUUGACGUGUACAUUGAGGAGAGUCCAGGUAUUUCCUUCCUGGAAGUGAAAGGAGAGUUGAACACUAAUGAGUUGGUCAGUGCUGUAACCACUUCACGUGCUGGUGACAAGGCGUGGGUGAGCUUCUACCCCACUCGUGAGCAGCAGACCAAGUGUGAUGUUUGUGGAGAAAAUGGACUGAAUGGGGAUCUGCUUAUAAUAUAUGACGCAGAGAGACCAAAACCUAGUGGAGAAUUGAAGGCAUCUGACGGUUAUUUCGUCCAUUACUUUGCACCUACAGAUAUUCAGCGCCUUCCAAAAAAUGUGGUGUUCGUCAUUGACCGGAGUGGUUCAAUGAGUGGGAGAAAGAUUGAGCAGACACGUUUGGCGAUGCUGAAAAUUCUGGGAGAUCUUGCUGAGGACGACUAUUUUGGGCUGAUCAUCUUUGAUAGUCAAGUAGAAGUAUGGAAACCUGAACUCCACCAAGCCACAGAGAGGAAUCUGAAACGAGCAAAGGACUUUGUGAGAAUGAUUGAAGUUCGAGGAGCCACAGAUAUCAAUGCUGCAGUGCUGAAGGGGGUGGAGAUGAUCAACAAACACCCACGAGAGCGAUCUGCCUCCAUCCUCAUCCUGCUGACUGAUGGAGCACCCAAUACAGGUGUGAGUGACCCAACAAGGAUUCAGGCCAAUGUGAAAGAGGCCACUGGGGGGAAGUUUCCUCUGUACUGUCUGGGGUUUGGAUUUGAUGUUAACUUUGGUUUCCUGAAUAAAAUGGCGCUGGAAAAUAAUGGACUUGCUCGUAGGAUCUAUGAGGAUUCAGAUGCUGACCUACAGCUACAGGGUUUCUAUGAGUCUGUGGCCACGCCUCUUUUAACUGAUGUCCAGCUGAACUAUGCUGGAGCAGGAAAUCUCACCCAGACCAGAUUCAGCCACUACUACAACGGCUCAGAGAUCGUGGUGGCUGGUCAAAUUACAGACAACAGCCUGGACACUUUCCAAACGGAGAUUAUCGCAAUCUCAAAAAACAGUGAAGUGACCUACCAGUACUCUAUGUUUAGAAAAGGACUGGCAGGUGUUUUGCCACAACGUGAAAACUCCAUCCAGAGACUUUGGGCUUAUCUUACAGUGAAACAGCUAUUGGAGAAAGAAGUGGCACUUACUGGGCAGGAGAAGGAGGCAGCCAGGGAAGAAGCCCUGAAUCUCUCUCUCAAAUAUAAAUUUGUGACUCCACUGACCUCUAUGGUGGUCACCAAGCCCCAAGGAGAAGACACACAGGUUGCACAUAAACCCAAAGAGGGAGAAAAAGCAAAGCAAAGGCAACAUAGUCCAGCAUCAGAUAGACGACUAAAUUCGCGUAAGUCCAAAUGCGGUGGAUUUGGAAGGGCUGCGUGCAGGUCAUUUAGACAUCAAGGAGUAAUGCUUUUAGCAUCGAGUGUGUCUGGAUCUGAUCCUAUUCAUCUUUCAGAUGGCGUAUUCAAUUCACAAGUGCACAGAGUUUCACCUAAACGGCGAAGGACAAAAGCCCAUGCGAGGAAGUCUUCUCCCUCAGCAAAAGCCCGUUUGAGGACGUCCGGAUUGUCUUCUCCCCCAGUAAAGAAACCACAUGUGCGUAAGGCAUCUCAGUUGCCACCUUCGACAGCUACCCCUCCAGUGAAUGAUGUGAGGUUUUUAAUGUCUGCUCCUGGUCAGCCUAAGCCACUUUGCUUUGACUUACCUGUAGCUUCCAAACUCCGCCUCUUGAUGGACCCCUCUUCAGAUUUCUCCAUGAAUGGCAUGCUCUCAUCCAAAGGCUUCAGACACAUUGCUCUUCAUUACAAAACAGAUCAUUACCUGGUGCUCAGCACCAGUGACAUCCAUUACUAUGAUGGCCUGAAUAAUGUGACAUUUUUGUGGGGGCAGAAGCCCACCAAUCAUGAGACUGAUGGUGUAGCUCUGAUUCUGAGAAACGAUGAAAUGGACGUCACCAUGGGAGCUAUGCGUGUCGUCUUCUUUCGUCAUAAGAAAGAUGGAGAAAUGUUUCUGUGGCCUGCAGUUCAGCAGCAACCAAAAAAUGUUAACAUACAAGGGAUUUUUGGAAAAAACAAUCUUAAGUAUGAAGAAUUGCAAGGAUCGGUGAUCAAAAUCAAAGAUCAAGAAGUGAAAGCAACCUGGAGCACUGCCACUGACUAUCGACGCUCUUCAGCCCCAGUUCUUGGAUGCUGGCUUGUACCAUACAUGUUUGUCCUGCAGGGGGAGCGUGUAGACGCUGUUUCAGACACUGAUUUAUUGUCCUGAACAAUGUUGGAAUAUUUAAGGACUGGAUCUAAAAACGACCUAGUCAGGUUUUCAGUUUUGUUUUUUCAGAAGUUGUGAUUCUCUUUUCUCUUUUAAGCCCAGCAGAAUCAUCAAACUGAAAAACUGAAAAAUUUCUUAACCCUAGUCACUUCAUGUUU